UUAUCUCCCAGCCGCCCUCUUCAGGACGCCCCCACAUCCACUCACCCCGAAUAAAAGGAGCGAGGGCCCCAGACUCCACCAUCACACCGAACAAGAAGGAAGAUGUCUCUCUUGCUCGCUCUUGGUGUCUUGGUCUUAGGAUUCCACCAUCUUCAUUCCCUUCCGAGUUCCUGGCCGCCGCUCUACCCCACUGCCAGAUUGAGGGGCGAGCAUGUCCUCAAGUGUCCGCUAGAAGCUAACAACAUAUCCUGGACUUUUCCACGUAAGACCUGUGUAAAAGACGCGACCAAUAAGAAGACACUCCACCUGCACCGCCUGGAUCACCGCUGCACUGGCUUCUACACCUGCACCAAUGCCCAGAACAACAGCCACAAGUACUCCGGGUACUUGCUGAUAGAUGAAGGGCCCUUGAUGUUCUCCUGCAUUGUGGAUUCUUACACCAGCUCUGUCCUACGCUGUACACUGGCCGAAGAAAUCAUUGGCCCAAGUCUGGUACGAAUGAAGUCCAAAAGCUCCAAGAUGGACCAAGACUGGAAGAUAAUAAAGGUCCCACAGGGCAGGCAUGAGCGACUUUUGUUUGACAUUCCUUUUCCUGGUUUCUGUCCUUUUGAAGAGCAGGUGGGUCCCAUCCACGUGUUUAUGGAGUUCAUGUCAAAAAGUGAAUAUAUGAGUGGACACAGGACCUUCUAUCUGAGAGAUGUUGUAUUACCAAGGGCCCCGGAGAAUGUUUCUGUCACCAGAGAGCAGAUUAUUUGGUCUAACCCAUCUUGGACGCAUCACUUAUCUUUCUUCCCCCUGGUGUUUGAGCUCUGGAUCAACUAUCGUAACAACACCAACGUGACCAGGACAACAGAGGAACAAAAUCACAAUGUGAAGGAUGUAUGUACUUUCAGUGUACGCUGCAGAGAUCUCUAUAACCCUUCAUCAUGGAGCUCGUGGACCCCACCACUGGACAUCACUGUGUGCAGAAAAACUACUAUAUCUUAG